UACUGUAUAUUUUCCAUGAAGUGAAUCGUACAAAUUGUUUGUUGUCGAUCAAGAUGGAGUUCCUUUUGGGAAAUCCAUACAGUACUCCGGUGGGACAUUGUAUUGAGAGAGCCACUGAUGGCUCCCUUCAGAGUGAGGACUGGGCCCUCAAUAUGGAAAUAUGUGACAUCAUCAAUGAAACCGAGGAUGGGCCCAAGGAUGCCAUCAGGGCAAUGAAGAAGAGGCUGAACGGGAACAAGAACUACAGGGAGGUGAUGCUGGCACUCACCGUCCUGGAGACAUGUGUGAAGAAUUGCGGGCAUCGUUUUCAUGCUCUCGUCACCAGCAGAGACUUCAUAGAUGGCGUGCUUGUAAAAAUCAUCUCCCCCAAAAACAACCCUCCCACUAUCGUACAAGACAAAGUGCUUGCCUUGAUCCAGGCGUGGGCCGACGCGUUCAGGAGUAGUCCAGACCUGACGGGUGUGGUCCAUAUCUAUGAGGAGCUGAAGAGGAAAGGCAUUGAGUUCCCUAUGUCUGACCUGGAGACCCUGUCUCCAAUCCACACUCCUCAACGACUGUCGACUGGCUCUGAGGUGAACCAAGCCACACUGAAGGCCACCGCUCCUCCCCCAGCCCAGCCUAUUCCCCACCAGCAGCCUCCUCCCCCUGCUGUCUCCGCCUCACCCUUUGCAGCAUCUGUCCCUCCCACCUAUUCCGCCCCUCAGGUCCCCAGCCUCGGCACCUCUGGGUCUAUCAACCCCUCACCUGACCAGAUCUGCCGGCUGCGCAGUGAGCUGGACAUCGUGCGUGGCAACACCAAGGUGAUGUCAGAGAUGCUGACAGAGAUGGUUCCUGGACAGGAGGACCCCUCAGACCACGAGCUCCUGCAGGAGCUGAACCGGACAUGCCGGGCCAUGCAGCAGAGGAUAGUGGAGCUCAUCUCCUGUGUGUCUAACGAGGAGGUCACAGAGGAGCUACUGCAUGUCAACGACGACCUCAACAACAUCUUCCUACGCUACGACAGGUACGAGAGGUUCCGGUCAGGCAGAGCAUCUCAGGGUAUCAACAAUGGGGUCCUCAGUGAGGCUACAGAGGACAACCUGAUAGAUCUGGGCCCUGGCUCUCCUGCAGUCGUCAGCAAUAUGAUCACCACCACUCCCCCGUCCAGCCUGCCCCCUUUCUACACCACCCCCGCUGCACGGCCUUCCUCACCUGCCUCCCUGGCCUCUCGGCUAGCCGGCCUUGAUGUGGGUGACAGUGUGAGCAGCACUCUGAGCUCUCUGCCCAGCUGUAAGCCUCAGGACGACUUUGACAUGUUCGCCCAGACCAGGACCGGAGCUCUGCCUCUGACCACCGAGACACUCGUGACAGCUCCUCUAGAGGACCGUAAUGCUGUAUGUGGGAUUGGGCUGCCUCUUCUGGAAGUCAGGCGGCAGCCUGCAGGAGGGAUUCCUGUUGGCCAAUCCUCUGUCAUGGAUGACAUAGAGGAGUGGCUGUGUACUGACUUGCAAGGAGAGGAGGGAGAAGAGGGGGUGACCAGUGAAGAGUUCGACAAGUUUCUGGAGGAGCGGGCGAAGGCAGCAGAGACGGUGCCCAGCCUCCCCUCGCCCCCUAGUGGUGACCCUGGUGCAACUACAGGCACACUCAAGAAGAAGGCUGAAAGACCAGAUGACGCCCUGUUCGCUUAGUACAGUGGUUUUCAAACCUCUCCUCGGGGACUCCCAGACGUUUCACAAUUUAGUUGUAGCCCUGAACUAGCUCAGUUGAUUCACCUAAUCAAGGGCUUGAUAGUUAGUUGACAAGUUGAAUCAGGUGUGUUAGCUCUUGAGUAGUUCAAAUGCAUGGAACAACUGUGGGGCCCAGAGGAGAGGUUUGAAAACCCCUCGCUUAGUAGACCUUUUAACCUUCUGACCUGGCUAGCGACCUCAGUCCCCAGACUUUUAUCUGUGACAAGCACACACACUUUCUCAUCCUCCCCCUCUGGAUCUCUCUACCUUCAAAACUAACGCUCUACUACCCAUUGGUUUACUACACUACAAAGGGAACCUUCGAUUUUGAUAUCCCCCCUCUUUCAGAAAGAAACCAUCUUAAUUCGGGAGAAGACAGCCACGUUAUUCCAUAAUCAACAUUCCUUAUCUAACAGUUGAUGGUUUGGAACAGUCUCCAGCCUCUGAAGAACUGUGGAGUAUCAACAACGGCCGUCUUUAUAAACCAGCAGCUCACUCUGUCCCGGGGCUGGUCUUCUUCUGAAGGGUAAUAUGAGACAUAUCUAACCUACAGUACUACCCAUAUUCUGCUCCGUUAUGGCAGCAAGAAACCAUCCCUAUCCUGUCAUCCCCUAAUCUACUGCAUGCAUUAUUAGAUCCAUCCAUCCUUCAAUUCCUUGAAGGGUCGUCAAAGGGAAUUCAAUGAAAACUAGGUACAAUUAUUGUUAACCUUUUUUUUAUUGUAGGUCAGAUGGGGGCAGGUAGCUGGAUCAUUGUGUUUUUACUAUGCGUUUAAUUCCUAGUCGAUAUUUUCUAUUGUCUCGUUUCAUCAAUUUGACUUCAUGGUUUUGAGUGUGGCUUUGUUGUAUAACUGUAAAAUAAUGACAUGUAGAAUCGCUGUGUGUAUAUUCAAUCAAGCCGAAUAAGGGAAAGAAAUGGUGGAUGACGGGAGAUCUGUUAUGAGGGCAUUGGAGCAUGUUACAGUAUGUCUACCUGGAUAUAACAUUUCACAGCCUUUACCCAAAAAGGGUAUCAACAGGAAAGGGAAGUGGAAAAAUGGAAAUGUGAUUUGUCCACUACAAAAUUACACUACAGGGCUUUCAAGGGAUGAAGUAUUUCUAGGGAUUGAUGCUCUCAUCUUAUCUACGCCAUUAGAGAUUGAUUUAUUUUACCAGCUUAGAAUUCUAGAAUGUUAUCUGGAAUGUUAUUUUGGAGAGAUAUAUACAAUUUCUGAUUUAUUUUCAGAUGAAUUUCCAUUUUAUGUUUUUUAAAGUGAGACAACUAAAUAAUUAACAUCACUUAAGAAAAUGCACUGUUAUGUUAAAUGAGGUGUUAUGGUUAUCUUAACAAAUAUGUAGUACCAUUUACCUGACAAUGAUUUUCUGUUUAUCCAUAUGCUGAAGGACCAGUACAGGUACAGUGCUGCUGGGAAAGCAUAGUCUAGAUGUAGUAAUGUGGCCUAAGCAUGAUUGCAUCACAUCCAUAGUGAAUGAACUACCGUAUCAUACUGUAAGAUUCAGUCAGACUGAGACAGAUAACCGUUUCUUGUUAAAGCCCUGUUUUAGUAGUCUUCACUACAAACUGAACAGACUGAACAUUGUAUGUCUGGUAUUGAAUAAUAACAAUUUAUGGACCAAUGUUUUACAAAGUGGAUGUGAAAAAAAUGAACCUAUAGAAGGGAUGGUUCUGAAUAUCAUGAAGGAAAUAUAGGAAAGGGGAUCUGUUUGGUCUCUGCUUGGAGUGUCAAAGGUUGUUCAUUUUAUUGCUUAAUCACCUGCACUCUUAUGUACCAUGUCCUGUUGUCUCUCGUUGGCUUGCUAGCUGUUCUGGCACAUCACUCCGAUGCUAGCCAGUUAGCUCAGUGGGCUAAUCCGCUGAUCAAAACGGUGACAGUGCUGAAAAGAGAGGCUGAGUGAGAGACUCACCAUUUUAGAAUGACAUUCAUGACAAUUGUUGACAUUCAUGUUUUCAGAAACGGUAACACUACUUACUAGUAUGAGCAAGAACAUUGAGUAUUGCAAACCGAGAUCUUUAUUCUCUUUCUUGAUGAUAAUACACGUGCUGUUUCAUACAAUCACAAUGAGUUUAAAACAAUGUAACACUUGACAGUCACUCAUGACCUUAUUCUACCCUUAUUUCAUUGUUAAAAUAUCUAGUUGAGCGGGUUGGUAUAUUUAACAUCUGUAAUCAAUGAAACAUUUUGCUAAAUAUUGACAAGUGUAGGAGUAAUUUAUUUAGGAUCUGUUUUGAAAUUGUUUUAUUGUACAAAAGCAGAAUGACUGACUAUGGGAGAGAUUGGGGUUUUUCAUGUUAAUUGUGUGUUAAAUGUUUUGUUGCUGUUUUUUGGAGUUUGAUAAUUUCUUAUGCUGAUUCAAUGUCAAAAAUUAUGUAAAUGUAUCCAGAUGAAUUUCACUCUACAGUAACUUUUAAUGUCACUAUUUAUGACAAGUGUCCACUCUGUGAUUGGUUUGUUUGUAACUGUAAGCAAAGAACCCUAUUGAGUUAAAUUUUUUCCAAGGUUUGAUGAACAAGCAGUACAUUGAUUAACAUAGGUGUCAGAAAUGACCUUGCUUCUGAAAGACACUUUGAUAGAAGUGUUGACAUUGCACAUUAUUAAAAGGUUUUCCCAUCUCUCUGAAUGGAAAUACUUUAAGUGUGUGUGUACAAGGGUUGCCCUACUCUGAGACAGUAGCCCUGUACAUUUGUAUUGGAGGAGUAAAAAUAUAUUGCUGUUUGUGCAAUCCAAUAUGCGUAAUAUAAAAUGUAUAGCUUGAUAUUGGUCUGGCUUGCUCAGUGGAACUAUGGUUCUAUACAUGAUCUUGUAUAAUUAAGGCAAAUCUAAAUAUUAGCUUGCCAGGUGGUCACCUCAAAGCCUGCUCUUAGAAAGAAUAUGUGUGUAUGGUUAAACAUAAAGGGACUUUUAUGUUUGUGUGUGCUGGCUGUUUCCUGAGUUUAUCUAACUCUAUAUUGUUUGACUCAUGCAUGUGUUGAACUCCAAUAAAAAAACUAUAGUAGUAUGUGA